AUGUCAAAGAGAAAGCAUUCGAGCAUAAAGGAUGACAAAGGCAGUGCCACAAAGCUGACCGAAAGCGUGCGCCGGUGGGAGGCCAGCGUGCUGAGCAGCCAGCAGAACCUCAACGACAUUGUGGAGAUAUUCGGUGUGGCUAAAGGCAUUAAAGAUGAGGCAGCCUUCGUGGCAAUUGGCUCCCUGGGCCGCAUAUACACUGCUUUGUGGGCAAAAGGACUCAUUACACGGCACAAGGAUCGGGAGAACCCAGCGUCCUCAAAGGUCAGCGACUGGCUUCGCGACAACUAUAACCAGUACACGGAUCUCCUGCGCACGAUGAUCCGGAACGGCGAGGCAGCAAUGCAGGUUGCAGCUUUGAAGCUCUCGUUGCAGAUGCUUGGGAAGGAGGGCCAGAAUAUGACGCAGUUGUCUGGCGCUUACGAGUUCCCUAAUGAGGGAUACCUGGCGACCCUCGAGUGUGUUUUGGAUAAUAACAAGGCCAGUGAGCAUUUGCUGCGUACACUGGCUGACUCGUAUCUCAACUCGUACGAUGACCUGCGGAUGUACUUUUACCGCGACGUGGCCAAGAUCCUGUCGCCCGACUAUGAUCCGUUCAAGGGUAGUCGACGCAAUGGCGCCAGCAGCAGUGCAUCGCGUGCCAGUGCACUUUUGGAAGGGACCGAGGUGUUUGUCCAUAAUGCAUUUACGGUGAUGAACAUGGUGCGGGUGAUGCCCAAGGCAGAGGUGGCCCAGCUUGACUCCAUGUGGGUCAGCGUGCCUGAGGGCCAAAAGCGAGGCGUGGUUGGCGCUGAUGCGGCAGCCGAUGACGGCGGAUGUUUACAAGCAGAUCCUCAUGAUUCUGCACAAGCGCAUUAUGCCGCACAUGGUGGAUGCCAAGAGCCUGAUGGACUUUUGAGCAACUCAUAUGAUGCCGGAGGAUCCGUCAGCUUGCUGGCCCUCAACGGCCUAUUCACGCUGAUUACCGACUACAACCUCAACUAUCCGCAGUUCUAUGAGAAACUUUAUGCGCUGUUUGACCGCAACCUUUUCCAUGUCAAGUACCGCGCGAGGUUCUUCCGCCUGUUUGAUAUUUUCCUUGGCUCCAGCCAUCUGCCCGCAUACCUGGUGGCGGCGUUCAUCAAGCGUAUUGCGCGCUUGGCUCUUUCUGCGCCACCCUCGGGAGCAGUCAUUGCUAUUCCUGUGGUCUACAACUUGCUCAAGGCCCAUCCUCGGUGCAUGGCGCUGAUCCACCGCAUGCCCGGAUACGACGACGAGACCGGCGAGGAGACAGUCAUUGAGGGAGAGGAUCCGUAUUUGGCUGACGAGCCUGAUCUGGCAAAAUGCAUGGCCAUCCAUAGCUCGCUGUGGGAAAUGGAGACGCUGCAGAACCACUAUUACCCGAACAUUGCUACACUGGCAAAGAUCUUUAGCGAACCCUUCCAUAAGCCAAAGUUUAUGCUUGAGGACUUUUUGGAUCAUACGUACGCUACGUUCUUUGAGAGUGACAGCUCGCGUAAGCUGAAGAAGGCACCGGCGUUGGCCGUCCAGACGCCAACCACGCUGCUGCGCGCAGGAGAUGCUAUUGGCGAGUUUUUGGUUCUUUGAAUCUAUUAUAUUGGGAUAAUGGAGGUAUGACAGAUUUAGGUUGCACAAAAUUUGAUUUAUAAAAUACAACAAUUAUACUUUAUUUGACCAUAUUUAGAAUUACUGAUGAGACUACAACAACAAUACCAGAUCUGGUUGGUAUAUUCUGGAAUUAAUCGCGAUAUGCAGGUUACGCAAAAAAAAAGCUAGACGCAAAAAAAGGGGGAAAAGGCAGGAUCCUCCUGCCCUUACAUAAAGCGGCGCUUGAUUAAAAAAAUCGGCUGUUUUAAGUUUGUAUUUGUUUAUUUGUCGCACAAAUUGUCCAGUAAAAAAAUAUAUUUAUUUGGA